CCGUGUGUGGGAAAAUCCCACAGCCAAAUAAUUCUUCCAUUCACAUGCUAAUCGUGGAGUAUAAAUAAGAGGGUCGCGGCGCGCCGAGGGCCCUAGAGACACGCACAACAUGACCGCUUCAUCCGUGGCGCACAGUGCGCACAAAAACGCCAGCGCCAAAGAGGAGAGGAAGCUGAGAAAGCCUCUGAUCGAGCGGAAACGACGAGAGAGGAUAAACAACUGUUUGGAUCAGCUGAAAGAAGCCGUGAUCGGAGCCUUCAGACUGGAUCAAUCCAAACUGGAGAAAGCGGAUAUUCUGGAAAUGACUGUGAAGCAUUUGCAAAACAUCCAGAACAGUAAAGUCACCGCAGCAGAGCCCAUGUUGGGUCUGGAGGCCCAGCAGAGGUACAGCACUGGUUACAUCCAGUGCAUGCACGAAGUCCACAACAUGCUCCUCACCUGUGAUUGGAUGGACAAAACUCUUGGCUCCCGCCUGCUCAACCAUUUACUCAAGUCUCUUCCCACAUCUAAUGAUGAGCGCCUCCUCCAGGCUACACCCAGACAUGACAUCAUACCUCCUGAUUGCAAAGGGCCAGAUCUCCUUGGCACACCCCUCAGAGGAGAUCCCCAUCUCCAGAAAGAGGAGAGCCCUCCUUCCCACAGACAUCAGGAGAGACCCCCACUUCACAGCUUCCACCUGGGAACAGUGCAGAUGUGGAGGCCCUGGUGAACUGGUGGAAUUUUAAAGAUCUCGAUUCAUUUUGUUAGUCAACCCUCUAUUAUGUAUCUUAUAGAUAUGCCAUUCAGACGACGCACACGGGGCGCUUUUGUUCCAGUGAUAUUUUAGGGCUGCUUCAGACCUUUUCACAGUACUUCCCCUCAGAAGUCGACUUUCUUGUAGCCUGCAUUAUAGAAGGCUUUUAUUAAUCUUUCACGUAUUUAUAUUAUAUUAACAGCUUUAUUUAUUUAAUAUUGUAAGACAUAACUUUGUUUCUUAGACCACUUCCUCUGCACUGAAUAGGUUUUUAUAUCU